AAGGUGGGCGUGGCCGGAAGUGUUUCUCUUGACCUAUAUUCCACGUCAUCAAACUGUUACCGGCAAAGCCUUGGUCUGAAACAUGUGGCCAGAGAAAUAAAUUUCAGGAUCCGGCAGGUGUCAAAGGUGACCUCUUCAUCAACCCAACUGCCUGCACUAUUGUCUGUAGUCCCUGACAAGAGUAGUUAUGCCUCGAGGUCAGAAAAGUAAGCUCCGUGCCCGUGAGAAACGCCACCAGGCUCGUUGUGAGAAUCAGGAUCUGGGAGCUACUCAGGCCACUGUGGCAAAAGGAGAGUCACCCUCCUCUGCCAAUCUUCUCUUUGGUGAUAGAUCCCAGAAUUUGCCCGCUGCUGAGACACUUAGCAUCCCUGAGGCGCUUCAGGGAGUCCCAUCCACUACCAAUACUAUUGCACCUGUUUCAUGCACCAGUUCAAAUGAAGGUGCCAGCAGCCAAGAUGAGAAAAGUCUAGGUUCCUCAAGGGAAGCUGAGGGCUGGCAAGAAGAUCCCUUAAGCAAGAAAGUAGUGUCGCUGGUGCAUUUCUUGCUUCAGAAGUAUGAAAAGAAAGAGCCAAUUACAAAGGGAGAUAUGAUAAAGUUUGUUAUCAGAAAGGAUAAGGGUCACUUCAAUGAGAUCCUCAAGAGAGCCACUGAGCACAUAGAGCUGGCAUUUGGUGUUGAUUUGAAGGAAGUGGAUCCCAUCAGGCACUACUAUGCCUUUUUCAGCAAACUAGACCUCACCUAUGAUGAAACAACCAGUGAUGAAGAAAAAAUUCCCAAGACUGGCCUCCUGAUGAUUGCACUGGGUGUGAUCUUCAUCAAUGGCAACCGUGCCCCAGAAGAGGCAGUCUGGGAAAUUAUGAAUGUGAUGGGUGUAUAUGCUGAUAGGAAGCACUUCCUCUAUGGGGAUCCCAGGAAGGUCAUGACCAAAGAUUUGGUGCAGCUAAAGUACCUGGAGUACCAGCAAGUACCCAACAGUGAUCCUCCACGCUAUGAAUUCUUGUGGGGUCCAAGAGCUCACGCUGAAACUAGCAAGAUGAAAGUCCUGGAGUUUGUAGCCAAGAUGCAUGAUACCGUCCCUAGUGCCUUCCCAUCCUGCUAUGAAGAGGCUUUGAGGGAUGAGGAACAGAGAGCCCAAGCCAGAGUUGCAGCCAGGGCUCAUACUGCUGCCAUGGCAAAUGCACGUUCCAGAACCACGUCUAGCAGCUUCUCCCAUGCUAAGUGAAAUCUGAGGUUGGUUCUUCACUUUUUGGUUGAAAAGGUUACAUUUCAAAUGUUGAAGUCUGAAGAAGAUUGUUUUCUUUGUGGAAGAAAAAAGCAAUCAACAUUCUAAGUAGUGAAUGGCCAGGGUGGGUCUGCAGGGAACACAGCAUAUAUCAUUUUGUGUUAAUAUUCUAUAGUAACUUGGAGUUGUAUCUUUUUCUUUCUUUUUUUUUUUUUUGGUGUUAUAUUUCAAAUGUUGUUUCUUUUAAUAGAAGUUUUAGAUUACUUCAGAAUCGAAAUUUAUUAAUGACUUUGGUUACACAUGUAUUGCUAUUUAAGAGUAGGAGUUUUAUUGUUCUGUAAAACAAAUUGGGAAACCUUCUUUCAUAUUUAAUGAGCCAGAACAAGGAAACACAGUAUUGGAAUAGGUAUUUCCUUAAAAAAUGUGAAAUGAUUUAGCAGUAACUAAAAUUUUGGAGAUCAAAACAUAGGUGAGAAAAAGUAAAACUUUUCAGUUCUUGGUUUUCUUUAUCCAUUUUAUUCUGUUAUAUAAAAAUAAAAGAGUCAUACCUGGAUUGGCUUAGCUUACUGAAGAAGGUAGGAAAAAAUAAAAUGUUUAUGAACUAGC